AAAAACUUAAAUUAAAAAUUAAUAUUGGAUUCCGCAUGGUAUUUCGCUUUGGUCACACCUCUCUCGAAAUACAAAAAAUACCAUCGAAAAUCGCAAACGCCUUUUCUUCGGUCGUUCCAAUCAAAAUUCUCAAUUAAAGUAUCAAAAAACAGAAUUCACGCAGCCAGAGAGCUAUAAUGAGUUUGAGUCCCAACCCAAAUCAGCAGAGCCCACAUGUAGACCACCACAGCUGCACCGCCGAUUGCGAACAGGGCCACAAGCUGGCCAACGGGCAUGCCAUGAGCGAUCCCCGGAGCAGCUGGUGCCACGACAAACUCUUCAGCGGAUCACUCAACUCGCUGGCCAGGCGCGAUGAUGGGAGCGGGAGCGGCAGCGGGGGCGAGGACAGCGUCAGGGGCUCUGGCACGGGACUCGUCGGCCUCCAGAACAUCGCCAACACCUGCUACAUGAACUCGGCUCUGCAGGCCCUGAGCAACCUCCCGCCGAUGACGCACUACUUCAUCAACUGCAGCGACCUGGUGGAGUACAUAGCGGAGCAGAGUGCUCGCCGCUGCAAACCCGCUGGCCUGGCCAAGAGCUAUCGCCGGCUGAUGCAGGACAUCUGGCAGGAUGUCGAUGAACCCAAAGAGUUUAUUGCCCCGCGUGGCAUUUUGUACGGCAUUCGUUCGGUGCAUCCCAUGUUCCGAGGCUACCAGCAGCACGACACCCAGGAGUUUUUGCGUUGCUUCAUGGACCAGCUGCACGAGGAGCUUACGGAGCAGGUCUCGCUAAUGCCACAGUCGCAGAACCAAAUCCAAGCGCAAUCACAAUCCCAGCCACACCAGCAGCAGCCCAACGAAACGGACGACGACAACGAGGACGAGGCGGCUCCGGCGUCCAUGACGCCUACAGUUUCCGAGAGCGAGUACGACACAUGCGAGAGCAGCAUGUCUGAGCGCUCAGCGGAGGUGCUGCUUAAAUCCGAGUACUUUGUGACGCCCUGUCGGACGAACAAUUCAAACAUUGUCCUGCCAGAAGCUCAUCCAAUGCACAUGCAGCCACCGCAGCUGCAGCACCAGCAGAAAAAUACAUCCUCCCCAGAACAGAAGCCCAUUGAAGCGGCUCGCUCCAUAAUCAGCGACGUGUUCGACGGCAAGCUACUGUCCUCCGUGCAGUGUCUGACCUGCGAUCGCGUGUCCACGCGCGAGGAAACAUUCCAGGACUUAUCGCUGCCUAUUCCCAAUCGGGAUUUCCUCACCGUACUCCACCAGGCACACAGUUUGAGUGUGCAGAGCCUAAAUGCAGCCGAAACAUCCGCAAGGACCAACGAGGGAUGGCUGGCCUGGAUGUGGAACGUACUGCGAUCCUGGAUCUACGGACCCUCGGUGACGCUCUACGACUGCAUGGCCAGCUUCUUCAGCGCCGACGAGCUUAAGGGAGAUAACAUGUACAGCUGCGAACGUUGCAACAAACUCCGCACGGGCAUAAAGUUCUCCCGAGUCCUCACUCUGCCCGAGGUAUUGUGCAUACACCUAAAGCGCUUUCGCCACGAUCUGUCUUACAGCUCGAAGAUCUCUUCGGACGUCUACUUUCCGCUGGAGGGCUUUGACAUGCGUCCGUACAUCCACAAGGAUUGUAAGAGCCAGGUGCCCAUCUACAACCUUUCCUCGGUGAUUUGCCACCAUGGAACGGUGGGUGGUGGCCAUUAUACCUGCUAUGCGCGCAAUGCCCUCAACGGAAAGUGGUACGAGUUUGACGAUCAGUAUGUGAUGGAGGUGUCUCCGGAGACAGUGCAGACCUGCCAGGCGUAUGUGCUCUUCUACCAGAAGCACAACCCCCAGAUGAAGCUAGUGCGGGAUCAGGCGAUGAAUUUGUCUACUACCCAUCCACUGUGCGAUUCGGACAUUCAGUUCUAUGUAACGCGUGAGUGGCUCUCGCGACUUGCCACCUUCUCGGAACCGGGACCGAUAAACAACCAAGAGAUGCUCUGCCCCCACGGUGGUAUUCUACAUUCCAAGGCCGACAUGAUCAGCCAGAUUGCGGUGCCCAUAUCCCAGCCGCUAUGGGACUAUCUGUACCGGAACUUUGGCGGCGGACCGGCGGUGAACAUAAUCUUUGAGUGUGAGAUCUGCAAGCGGGCGGCGGAGACGCUGACCCGUCGUCAGCAGUACGAGCUGAAUGAGUUCACCAAGUACAACGGAUUGCAGAACGAAUUCGAUUCGACGGCCAUUUAUGCGAUCGCCAUGCCCUGGCUGCGGUCAUGGCAACAGUUCUCGCGGGGAAAGACCCACAAGGAGCCAGGACCGAUCACCAACGAGGGCAUCGCUGCUCCCACGGAGAAUGGCUCGCUGAAUGGAACUGCCACUGUGAGCUGUGUGAGAUUGGGCUCCGACUACGCGCAACUAAAUGCUCGCCUGUGGCGAUUCCUCCAUAAUAUCUACGGUGGUGGACCGGAAAUUAUGCUGCGACAGGCUCUUUCGGAUGACGACGAUGCCGAGGAGAUUGAAAUCAUCGAUCAGGACGAUGAGUGCGACGAUGAUGAAGAUCAGGAGGAAGACGACGACGAGGAGGUUGCGGUAGCCAACUAUCAGCACAAUCAUUCCGACACCGAAAGCAAUUUGGGCCGUCGCACUACUCCGAGUCCAAGUCUCAGUCCCAGUCCAAGUCUGACGUCCAAGCGUCAGCCGGUGGAGGCGGAGUCGGAUCUGCGGCCAAGUAGUCCAAAGUCGAAGCGCAGCAGAUCCAAGAUGAAGGUGUCCGCCUUGCGCUUGAAUAUGCGGAAGAGGGGCAAGCGCAAUCGCAGUGCCUUUAAGCAGCACGCUGAGAUGUUUGGAGCCAAAGGAAACUACAAUGCUCAUAACAACGCGGAUCCGCCAGUGGCAGAGCAUCGCGAUAGGGAAAAGGAGAAGGAUAAAGAUAAGGACAAGGACCGAACUGUUGCAUUUCAGAGCGAAUACAGCUUACCCAUUUCGAUACCAUUCCAAAGCGACAAUUUCCAGGUGAACGGGGUGCACGAAAAGUCGCGCGACAAGGGCAAACAGCGGAACGGCUCCAGGAGUGGUAGCACCGCUACCAACAAGGAGAACGUCACGCUGCAGAAGUUCGUAACCCUGCGCGAGGCCAAUGGCCCGAGCGACGAGACUGAUAUUUGAUCGACGGCGUCGGAUCGAGGAGGUGGAGAAGAAGAAGGAACCAGUACCCUUGGCCAGAGUCACAAAACGCCCACGUUGAAACGCAGGCCAAAAUCCAAGUUUAGGCGCAGGCGAAAGCGCUAGUAGUUUUAUACCUCAGUGUUUUGUUGGGGUGGAGGCUAUAUAAAUUAUGUAAAAAUUGUAUUUAUAAAUUAAUCGUAAAGCUAUCCCCCAUUCGGCGCCUUACCCGGUUAUGUUAUCCCAGCUCCUGGCCAGGGGUGAUUUUGUAUAUAGUGCGGGAGUGCUUUAAUCGGUGUAACAAUAGAGAAUAAAUUGUAGAAAUCUUGGCCAAACUGCAGGUUCUGUGAAUCUAGGCUUUCAGCGUGGCCCAGAUAAAAAAAAUCAA